AAAAAAUGGCAAACCCUGUACCGAAUGUAAUAUAUACAACAAAUCCAUCGGCUCCAAUUUUCGAAGGGCCUCCAGCCUAUACAGAAACCGUAUUUUCGACGCCAAUGGGCGGCAACAUGAAUGCACCAAAUCAAGUCGGCCCCACAACAAAUCCAUCUGUACCUAAAACCCAGAGAGACGUAGAAAUGCAACCCACAGGAACAACACCUAUUGUCCUUUUUCAACCAACAGUUCAACGUGUGACUGUAGUCCAGCCACGACAAAGGUAUGUCGUGGUUCGUCGGCGUCGUCCUGUUUGUUAUGCUCUCUUUCUUUUCUUUAUUAUUAUCGUGAUCGUUUCUAUCAUAGUUGGUGCUACUCAAAGUUCUAAUUAAUUCAUUUUUGUUUAAUAAUUUUUAUUGUAAUAUUUUAUUGUAAUAAAUUUUAUUGUAACGAGUUUCCCUGGAAAAGUUAUUUUUGAAUUUUUUCCUUGAAAACUGUAAUUUUUCAAUUUUGAAAUGAAAUGUUAAUUUU